AUGGGUUCCCUGUGGAGCUGGUGGAUGCUCUGGGCCGGAGCAACCCUCAUGUGGGGCUUGACCCAGGAGGCCUCCAUGGGCUCCAAGACCACCGGCGGGGAGGAAUUCCUCGGGGCCUUCCUACAGAACUACCAGCCAGGCUACAGUGCUGCCUACCUGCACCUCCUCAUCUCCAGCCUGUCUGAGAGCCCCGCCUCGGUCUCUGUCCUCAGCCGGGUAGACGAAGCCUCGCAAAAGGUCACCGUCAAGCCAGGGGAGUCGGUCAUUGUCAACAUCAGCUCCAAGGCUGAGAUGGUUGGCAGCAACAUCUUCCAGCAUGUGGUGGUGGUCCACUCGGACCACAGGAUCACGGUACAAGCCAUCAACGCCAAGCCCAACACCGCAGAAGUGACAGUGCUGCGGCCCGUCAACACCCUGGGCACGGAAUACUUCGUGCUCACGCCCCCUGGCUCCUCAGCCAAGAAUCUCAAGGAGUUUGCUGUGGUGGCUGGUGCUGCAGGAGCUGCUGUUAGUAUCCAACUCAAAGGAGCAGCCAUGUUCCAAAAUAAGUUCUAUGCAUCGGGAAGUGUCAUGCACGUGACUCUAGAGUCCUAUGCAGUGGCCCAGAUACAGGGCGAGGCCGAUUUCUCUGGGUCCAAAAUCACCGCCAAUAACCCCGUGGCUGUCUUCUCUGGCCACAGCUGUGCCCAGAAACACACAAGCUGCAAUCAUGUGAUAGAGCAGCUGCUCCCCACAUCCUCCUGGGGUACCAAAUAUGUAAUACCCUCUCUGACCUCUCAGACCCGCUAUGACUUGGCCUAUGUUGUGGCCAGCCAGGCCACAAAGCUGACCUACAACCAUGGCGGCACCACGGGUACCCGUGGGCUCCAGUCUGGUGAUGUGGCAGAAUUUGAGAUCCGGCCAUCCCGUCCACUCUACCUGACUGCAGACGUGGGCAUCCAGGUCCUGCUGUUUGGCACAGGGGCCACAAGGGACGGAGUGACCUAUGAUCCUUAUUUGGUCCUUGUCCCAGAUGUGGCAGCCUACUGUCCUGCCUAUGUGGUCAACAGUGUGCCGGGCCUUCAGAAUCUGGUCUUAGUUGUGGCACCAACAAAGGCCACAGAGCGGCUGACUAUGGACAAGUCCCCACUGGCCACCAAGGUCAGAUGGGACCCAGUGCCAGGCAGUGAGUUCUCGUAUGCUGAAGUGGACCUCGGAACUGCUGGCAGGACCCAUCUGGCCGAAGCCACCAUUAAUUUUGGCUUGCUCACCUUUGGGCUGGCUGAUGCUGUGGGCUUUGGGACGGCAGCUGCCUGUGGCCGGACGGUAAUCUCCUUGGAGAAGCCCUCCUGCGAAGACCUGACCUGCAAGCCAGGGCUGCAGUGCCAGGUGGUGGAUGGGAAGGCCAUGUGCAUGGCAGAGCCCACAGCCACUUGCCGUGCCCAAGGCGACCCCCAUUACAUCACCUUUGAUGGCCGCCGCUACGACAUGAUGGGCACCUGCUUGUACACCAUGGCCGAGCUGUGCGGCACUGACCCUAGCCUGCCAGCCUUCAGCGUGGAGGCCAAGAAUGAGCACCGGGGCAGUCGCAAAGUCUCAUAUGUGGGCUUCGUCACUGUCCGUGCCUACAGCCACUCCGUGUCACUGGCCCGUGGGGAGGUGGGCUUCGCCCGGAUCGACAACCAGCGCUCACGCCUGCCUGUCUCCCUAAGUGAGGGUCGCCUGCGUGUGUACCAAAGCGGAACUCGGGCUGUGGUGGAGUUGGAUUUUGGUCUGGUGGUGAACUAUGACUGGGACUGUCAGCUGUCCCUGAGCCUACCUGCAAAGUUCCAAGAUCAGGUGUGCGGCCUGUGUGGCAACUAUAAUGGUGACCCCACAGAUGAUUUCCUCACCCCUUACUGGGAGCAAGCAUCUGACCCAGUGGAGUUCGCCCAGAGCUGGAAACUAGAUGAUGGAGACUACUUGUGCCAGGAUGGCUGUCAGGACAACUGUCCUUCCUGCACCCCAGGCCAGGUCCAGCACUAUGAGGGUGACAAACUCUGUGGCAUGCUGACCUUGAGCAAUGGCCCGUUCGCUGCCUGCCAUGCUAGCCUGAACCCUUGGCUCUUCCUGGAGGACUGUGUAUAUGACCUGUGUGUGGUUGGCGGGGACCGGCUCAGCCUGUGCCGAAGCCUCAGCUCCUACGCCCAGGCCUGUCUGGAGCUUGGCAUCACUGUCGGGGACUGGAGGUCACUAGCCAGUUGCCCCCUGUCCUGCCCAGCCAACAGCCGCUAUGAGCUCUGUGGCCCCGCCUGCCCGACCACCUGCAACCCCUUGGCGGUGCCCGCCAACUGCUCAGCACUCCAGUGUGUGGAGGGCUGCGUGUGUCUCCCGGGCUUCGCGUCCAGCGGCGGUGCCUGCGUGCCCACCUCGUCCUGCGGCUGCAUCUUCGAGGGCCGCCCGCUCGCGCCUGGCCAGGAAGUGUGGGCCGACGAGCUGUGCAAGAGGCGCUGCGUCUGCGAUGGUGCCACCCUGCAGGUGCGCUGCAGCGACACGCAAGGCUGCCCGCCCGGCGAGCGCUGCCUCGUCCAGAACGGCCUCCUGGGUUGCUACCCGAACAGCUUUGGGAGCUGCCAAGCAUCCGGGGACCCGCACUACGUGAGCUUUGACGGUCGGCGUUUUGACUUCAUGGGCACCUGCACGUACCUGCUGGCAGGUUCAUGUGGCCAGAAUGCGGCGCUGCCCAGCUUCCAGGUGCUGGUGGAAAAUGAACAUCGUGGCAGCCAGACUGUGAGCUACACGCGCGCAGUGCGCGUCAAGGCCCAUGGCGUGAAGGUGGAGGUGCGCAGGGAGAACAAAGGACAAGUGCUGGUGGAUGAUGUCCUCCAGUACCUGCCCUUCCAUGCAGCAGAUGGGAAGGUUCAGGUGUUCCAACAAGGCAACAAGGCUGUUGUGCGCACAGACUUUGGCUUGACUGUCACCUAUGACUGGAAUGCCCAUGUGACAGUCAAGGUGCCCAGCAGCUAUGCAGAGGCCCUGUGUGGGCUCUGUGGAAAUUUCAAUGGGGAUGUAAAGGAUGACCUGGCUCUGCGGGGUGGGGGCCAGGCUACCAGUGUGCUGGCUUUUGGGAACAGCUGGCAAGAAGAAACGAGGCCUGGCUGUGGGGUAGCUGAGCCAGGUGACUGUCCCAAGCUGGACUCCAUGGUAGCUGAGCAGCUGCAGAACAAGAAGGAGUGUGGGAUCCUUGCUGACCCUGAGGGGCCUUUCCGGGAGUGCCACAGCAAGCUGGAACCCCAGGGUGCUGUGCGUGACUGUGUGUAUGACCUCUGCCUGCUGCCAGGCCAGUCUGGGCCACUGUGCGAAGCACUGGCUGCAUAUGCUGCUGCAUGCCAGGCUGCUGGGGCCACCGUGUAUCCCUGGAGAAGUGAAGAGUUCUGUCCGCCCAGCUGCCCACCUCACAGCCACUAUGAAGAGUGCUCCCACGGCUGCCCCCUAACCUGUGGAGACAUCCCAGUACCCGGAGGCUGUGGCUCAGACUGCUAUGAGGGCUGUGUUUGUGAUGAGGGUUUUGCACUCAGUGGCGAGUCCUGUGUGCCCCUGGCCUCCUGUGGCUGCGUGCACCAGGGCAGCUACUACACCCCAGGCCAGACCUUCUAUCCCGGUCCCAGCUGUGAUUCCCUCUGUCGCUGCCAGGAGGGUGGCUUGGUUUCCUGUGAGCCUUCCUCCUGUGGCCCACAUGAGGCCUGCAAGCCAUCAGGGGGUGUCCUGGGCUGCAUUGCAGUGGGUUCAACCACCUGCCAGGCAACAGGUGAUCCCCACUACACCACCUUUGAUGGCAAGCGCUACGAUUUCAUGGGCACCUGUGUGUACAUACUGGCUCAGACCUGUGGGGCCCGACCAGGCCUGCAUCAGUUUGCUGUCCUGCAGGAGAACGAGCCCUGGGGCAACGGGAAAGUCAGUGUGACCAAGGCAAUCACUGUCCAGGUGGCGAACUAUACCAUACGGCUGCAACAGAAACAGUGGAAGGUCACGGUGAACGGCGUGGACAUGAAGCUGCCAGUGGUGCUGGAUGAAGGCCAGGUCCGGGUCUCCCAGCAUGGCUCCAAUGUGGUGGUUGAGACCCACUUUGGCCUGCGUGUGAGCUACGACCUCAUGUACGCUGUGAGGGUCAACGUCCCUGGCAACUACUACAAGCAGCUGUGUGGUCUGUGCGGCAACUACAAUGGAAACCCUAGCGAUGACUUCCAGAAGCCUGACGGCUCACAGGCGAGCAAGCCAGGCGACUUCGGCAACUCAUGGGAGGAGAAGGUGCCUGGCUCUCCCUGUGUGCCUCCUGAGUGCCUACCAGGCGAGGACUGUGACUCCAGCCUCGAGUGUGAACCUGACUUGGAGAAUAAGUACGAGCAAGAGCAGUUCUGUGGGCUCCUGGCCAGUCCUACUGGGCCGCUGGCCGCCUGUCACAAGCUGCUGGACCCCAAGGGCCCCCUCCAGGACUGUGUCUUUGAUCUCUGCCUGGGUGGUGGGAACCUGAGCAUCCUUUGCAGCAAUAUCCAAGCCUAUGUGAGUGCCUGUCAGGCAGCUGGGGGCCACGUGGAGCCCUGGAGGACAGAGACUUUCUGUCCGAUGGCGUGCCCCCCCAACAGCCACUAUGAGCUCUGUGCGGACACCUGCUCCCUGGGAUGCUCGGCCCUCAGCGCCCCCCCUCAGUGUCCUGACUGGUGCGCUGAGGGCUGCCAGUGCAACUCCGGCUUCCUGUCUGAUGGCCAGGCCUGUGUGCCCAUCCAGACUUGUGGCUGCUACCACAAUGGCGCCUAUUAUGACCCCGAGGAAACAGUACUCAUUGACAACUGCCGGCAGCAGUGCGUGUGCCAUGCAGGCAAAGGUCUAGUGUGCCAGGACCACAACUGCAAGCCUGACCAGGUGUGCCAGCCCGUGGAAGGUGUCCUGAGCUGCGUCACCAAAGGUGCUGGGCCUGGGACUGCUGGGAACAGAGGACAGGGCCUCUGGAAUGGAGGGAUGAUGCAGGCGGUGUUGGGGAUCAGCUGGACUCACGCCAGGCAGUCCCUUAAGAUCUUAUCUUCUCUGCCCCUAGACCCAUGCCACAGCGUGACGUGUCGGCCACAGGAGAUCUGCAAGGACCAGGGUGGCCUGGGCGUGUGUGUGCCCAACUAUGAGGCCAUGUGCUGGUUGUGGGGUGACCCACACUACCACACCUUCGAUGGCUUGAACUUCGACUUCCAGGGCACCUGCAGCUACAUACUGGCAACAGUCUGUCCAGGGGUUAAUGCCGAGGGCCUUAUACCCUUCACUGUCACCACCAAGAAUGAGAACCGGGGCAACCCUUCUGUAUCCUAUGUGAGACUUGUCACAGUGGAGACCCUCGGCACCAACAUCUCCAUUCACAAAAAUGAGAUUGGCAAAGUGCGGGUGAACAACGUGCUGACCACAUUACCUGUCUCAGUGGCUGGUGGGCGACUGACAGUGACCCAUGGCCCAGGGAAGGCAGUGCUGGAGACUGACUUCGGGCUGCAGGUCAGCUAUGACUGGAACUGGCGAGUAGAGGUGACACUGCCUAGCAGCUACCACAGUGCAGUGUGUGGACUGUGCGGGAACAUGGACAAGAACCCCAGCAACGACCAAGUCUUCCCUAAUGGCACGCAGGCGCCUUCCAUUCCCACCUGGGGUGGCAGCUGGCGAGUCCCUGUCUGGGACCCGCUGUGCUGGGACGAAUGUCAGGGAUCCUGCCCAACAUGUCCUGAGGAACAGCUGGAGGAGUACAGAGGCCCAGGCUUCUGUGGGCCCCUAGCCCCUGGCUCAGGAGGUCCCUUCACCGCCUGCCACGCCCAUGUGCCACCUGAAAGCUUUUUCAAGGGCUGCGUCCUGGAUGUCUGCCUAGGGGGUGGGGCCCAAGACAUCCUCUGCCAAGCACUGGCCGCCUAUGCUGCCGCUUGCCAGGCUGCUGGGGUCACCAUUGGGGACUGGCGGGAGCAGGCUGGCUGCGCUAUCUCCUGCCCAGACAACAGCCACUACGAGCUUUGUGGCCCACCUUGCCCAGCCAGCUGCCCGGCCCCUGUGCCCUCAACACCCCCAGACUCGUGUGAGGGCCCCUGUGCUGAGGGCUGCCAGUGCAACCCGGGCUUCGUGUUGAGCGCUGACCGCUGUGUCCCGCUGGAUGGAGGUUGCGGCUGCUGGGCCAAUGGCACCUACCAUGAGGCGGGCAGUGAGUUCUGGGCUGAUGGCACCUGCUCCCAGUGGUGCCACUGUGGGCCACAAGGUGGCUCUGUGGUCUGCAAGCCAGCCAGCUGUGGACAAAGUGAAGAGUGUGCUCUUCAGCCCUCAGGCCAGCAUGGCUGCCAACCCAUCAGCACCGCUGAGUGCCAGGCAUGGGGUGAUCCACAUUAUGUCAGUCUGGACGGGCAUCGUUUUGACUUCCAGGGUACCUGUGAGUACCUCCUGAGUGCCCCCUGCCACGCACCACCCAAGGGGACUGAGAACUUCACAGUCACAGUGGCCAAUGAGCACCGGGGCAGCCAGGCCGUAAGCUACACCCGCAGCGUCACCCUGCACAUCUAUGGCCACAGCCUGACCCUUAGUGCCCGGUGGCCCAAGCAGCUCCAGGUGGACAACAAGGUGGUGGCGCUGCCCUUCCAGCUGGACUCGCGCCUGAGUGCAUAUCUGAGCGGCGGCGACGUCGUGGUGACCACCGCUGCAGGGAUCUCACUGUCUUUUGACGGGGACAGCUUCGUGCGCCUGCACGUCCCGGCAGCGUACGCGGGCGCGCUCUGUGGCCUAUGUGGGAACUACAACAAGAAUCCCAAGGAUGACCUGCAGGCGGUGGAUGGAAACCCGGCUGGCUGGCAGGUGGGCGGUGCCCCGGACUGCGGGGAGUGCGUUCCCGGCCCAUGCCCGCAGCAGUGCACGCCAGAAGAGCAGGCUGCCUUCGGCGGCCCGGACGCCUGCGGCGUGAUCUCGGCUCCCGAAGGCCCUCUAGCCCCGUGCCACAGCCUUGUGCCUCCCGAGACGUACUUCCAGGCUUGCCUGCUGGACGCCUGCCAGGCUGAAGGCCACCCUGGAGUCCUCUGCCCUGCUGUGGCUGCCUACGUGGCACUCUGCCAGGCCGCUGGGGCCCAGCUGGGUGAAUGGAGACGACCAGACUUCUGUCCUCUGCAGUGCCCUGCCCACAGCCACUAUGAGCUCUGCGGAAACUCUUGUCCUGUGAGCUGCCCCAGCCUCUCAGCACCCGAGGGCUGCAAGCCUACCUGCCAUGAGGGUUGCGUCUGUGAUGCUGGCUUCGUUCUCAGUGGUGACACCUGUGUACCUGUGGGCCAGUGCGGCUGCCUCCAUAAUGGCCAGUACUACCCACUGGGCGAGUCCUUCUACCCAGGCCCUGAGUGUGAACGGCGUUGUGAGUGUGGGCCAGGUGGCGUGGUCCACUGCCAGGAGGGCGCAGCCUGUGGGCCCUAUGAGGAGUGUAAAGUGGAGAAUGGAAUCCAGGCCUGUCAUGCUACGGGUUGUGGCCGCUGCCUAGCCAGUGGGGGUACCCAUUAUGUCACCCUGGAUGGACGCGUCUAUGACCUGCAUGGCUCCUGCUCCUAUGUCCUGGCCCAAGUCUGCCGCCCACAGCCUGGGGAUGAGGUCUUUACCAUUGUGCUGGAGAAGGACGCAACUGGAGAACCCCAGCACCUGCUGGUCACUGUGGCUAGCCAUGUUGUGAGCCUGGCUCGGGGGCUGCAGGUCACCGUGGACAAUGAAGCUGUUACCCUGCCUGUGUCCGUGGGUCCCGUGCGGGUGACCGCCGAGGGCAGGAACAUGAUUCUCCAGACCACCAAAGGGCUGCGGCUGCUCUUUGAUGGCGAUGCCCACGUCCUUAUGUCCAUCCCGAGCCCCUUCCACGGCCGGCUCUGUGGCCUCUGUGGGAACUUCAAUGGCAACUGGAGCGACGACUUCGUGCUGCCCAAUGGCAACGUGGCUCCCAGCGUGGAGGCCUUCGGGGCUGCAUGGCGCGCGCCUGGCUCCUCCCCCGGCUGCGGUGAGGGCUGCGGAGCCCAGGGCUGCCGCGUGUGCUCUGCGGAGGAGACAGCGCCCUACGAGAGCAUCGAGGCCUGCGGGCGCCUGCGCGACCCCCUCGGUGCUUUCGGGGCCUGCCACGCUGUGCUGAGCCCCUCCGAGUACUUCCGCCAGUGCGUAUACGACAUGUGCGCGCAGAAUGGGGACAACUCAGCGCUGUGCCGCAGCCUGGCAGCCUACACUGCCGCCUGCCAAGCGGCUGGCACUGCCGUGAAGCCCUGGAGAACAAACAGUUUCUGUCCCCUGCAGUGCCCAGCCCACAGCCACUAUUCCAUUUGCACUCACUCCUGUCGGGGCUCCUGCGCAGCACUCUCAGGACUCACAGGCUGCACAACCCGCUGCUUUGAGGGCUGCGAGUGUGAUGACCGCUUCCUGCUCUCCCAUGGAGUUUGCGUCCCCACCUAUGACUGUGGCUGCACUCAUGAUGGGCGGUACCUGCCGGUGAACUCUUCCUUGAUGACCUCAGACUGCAGUGAACGUUGUUCCUGUUCUGCAAGCACUGGCCUCACAUGCCAAGCUGCCAGUUGCUCCCUAGAACGCAUAUGUGAGGUCCAGGCUGGGACCCGGGAGUGUUGGCACCCCCAUGGCCUCUGUUCCCUCUCUGCGGAUGCCAACCUCACCACCUUUGAUGGGGCCCAAAAUGUUGUCAGCUCCCCUGGCAUCUACGAGCUUUCUACCCUCUGCCCAGGACAACGGAAGACAAGUCCUUGGUACCGUGUAGUCACUAAUGUCCAGCCCUGUCAUGGCAAGGCUGAAGCUGUGGGCUUGGUCCACAUCUUCUUCCAGAAUGGAUUGGUCACUGUGACCCUGAACCAUGGUGUGUGGGUGAAUGGUCUCCGAGUAACUCUUCCGGCUGAGGUGUUGACAUCUGUGUCUGUGAAUCAGUCACCUGAUGGCACCGUGCUUGUCCAUCAGAAGGCAGGGGUCCAGGUGUCAUUUGGGACCAACGGGAAUCUGGCUGUCAUGGUCGGCAAUGAGCAUGCUGGAAUGCUCUGUGGGGCCUGUGGAAACUUUGACGGGGACCAGAGCAAUGAUGGGCAUGACACCCAGGAGAAGAAAGAGAUGGAGGUCUGGAGAGCUUGGGACUUCUCCCCUUGGUAA